AUGAACGAACAAAAAACUGGCACAAAAAUCUAUGAUUUAAAGUUUGACAUAUUUCAAAAUGGGGAAAUAAGAAAUAAAUAUACCACAAUCAGCACAGUUACAAGUUUUUCGAAUAAUAUUGACAGGAGCAAUCGCAAGAGUAAUUUAAAGAAGAAAUCAAAUGAAGCCAAUAGCAGAGAUUAUGAAGAUCAAUUUUUUAUCCAGGCCUACCCUAUUGACAAUGUUAAUGAUUAUGGUAAUUAUAAUGGGAAACAAUUGCAGAUUGCCAGUGGUGUUGUGGUGAGUAACAAAUCGUUAAGACGCUUCGUCGGAGGUUUCGGUCUCAUUUACUUCGAAGGAGAUGAAGCUGAACAAAACUAA